CACUGCAGGGCUGUCCCAAUCACCCCGAGGGGACCGCAGCCCCUCACCCCGCCACCCCCUGCAGCCCCCCACCCACAUCGCUGCCCCAUUCCCCCCACAGCUCACGGCCACCAAAGCGGGCCGACUCCUGCUGAGGGAGAAGGGCACCUACGUGGUGCUGCGUGAGCUGCACCGCUGCGAGAAGGACCCCGAGGUGCUGUCUGCCUGCGAGAAGCUCAUCCAGGUGCUGAUCGGAGACGAACCGGAGCCGGGCAUGGAGAACCUCCUGGAGGUGAACAUCCCUGCGGAGGUGGAGGAGCGGCUGCGGAGCUGGGAUCGGGAGGAGGAGGAGAGGAGGCAGCGGGAGGAGGCGCGGUGAUGGAAGCACCACCCCAUGGGACAGAAUCCUGUGGGUCGAUGUGGGGCUCACUGUGCCCUGGGAUGGGGAACAUCGGGGUCCUGCAGGUGGGGAUCCCCUACUUGGGGGGCGCCCAUGUGGGGCAGCUCUGCGUCCUUUCUGGAAAGUCAGAAAAUAGAAAUACGGAUUUGAAUGCAAAAAAGAAACA